AAGACGGAAGCAGAUCGGUCGCGGUUUGUGAGUGAUUCAAUUACAACAAAUGGUACCAUGUCAGACUUCACCAUUGAUAUCCAGCUGACAGAACUAGGGUUCCCUGACAUCUUGCAGCCCAGAGAAACAACCUGUGUGAAGGAAACACCAUCGCCUUCGGCCUCUAACAAUAUUUCCCCUGGAUCCCUGGCCAACCUCCAAACCCCCAGUUCCUCGCCACCUCCUCCUGCUGCACUCACCCCCACAGCUGUGGUCCCAGAACUGGUCGGUGUAGAACAGCUGCUUUCUGUAGACUCACAGACUGCUUCUACAGUUCAGCAGGUUGCCUCACAGACUGGCACUCAUAUUACAGUAACCCCAAAUCCCUCUGGGCCCCCUGAGACACUGACAAUACUCUGCCCACCCCCUCCUUCUACACACAAACCUGUGGCAGUGCAACACACUUCACGGCCUGUUAGUCCCAUAUUGCUACCCAAUAGUUUAGUAAGUGGUCAAAGCAAUAGCCUUCACCAAAACCCCAAAAUAACUAAAACUGUCCUGAUAUCUGUGUCUCAUAUUGGAGCUGGUACUGUGUUGACGUCUGUACCAGCUACUUCCACUCCCCCUGUUGAACACUUAAGAACCAUUAAGAAUGAUUCCGAGCUGCCACUGGCAGACCAGACUGCAAUGUUUCAGACCACUCCAAAACCUGUAAACACAGGGAAGCCAGGAAGGGCAGUUGCUGAUAAAGCUGAGGAAGAAGAACCAGGUGAAAAAAUUGGAGGAGGGAAAGGUGUUUUCGAUGAUGGGAAAGUGCAAGAACCUAAAGAGAAAGAAGCAGAAGUUGCAAAGAGUUUAGAGGAGGAUUCUGAGGAAACAGAUGACAGUGAGGUUUCUGAGAAUGAGGAUGAUGACGAAGAGGAAGAGGAGGAUGAGGAACUGGACCCAGAAGCAGAGCCUGGGGGUUCAGGCGAACACCGCUGCAGUGUCUGUGACCUCGUCCUUUCCUCCAGCUUCCAGCUCCAGGAGCACAUGAACCUGCACACAGGGGCACGCCCCUACUGCUGUGCCGAGUGUGGUAAGCGCUUCUGUCAGCUGGCCAACUACCGCUCCCACCUGCGGACGCACGCCCAGCCCCAGACCUCAGUCCCACCCGUACAGCUCCGCUGCCGUGUUUGCCUGAAGGGCUUCGAUUCUGAGCAGGGUUUGAAGGACCACCUAGCCAAGUCCCACUUUGAGAAGGAGUUCUAUGAGUGUGACGCAUGCAAGCGCAUCUUCACCUGCCUGACCAAGUGUGAGGAGCACCUGGAGGAGCACAAGCGCGAGCUGGCGGACCACGUGUGUCUGCAGUGCUGCCGCCGCUUCCGCCUGCGCCGCUCUCUCCGACGCCACAAGGAGCGGGGCUGUGUCCGCAGCUAUCGCUGCACCGACUGCCCCAUGAACUUCAGCCGCAAGAAUGCCCUCCUCAAGCACAGCUUCUCCCACCUGGGCCUGCUGCCUUACACCUGCAUCCAGUGCCGUGCACAUUUCCGCCUGGCCAGGCUCUACCGUAAGCAUGAGUGUGAGCCGGAGCGGCUCCACUGUGUGGCAUGCCUGGGCGUCUUUCAGAGCCACAACGACUUCCAGAGGCACAAAAGGGAGACUGGCUGCUGGGGCCAGCAGGGGACCAAGGGGGAUGAGAUCCGCUGUAUGGAGUGUGGCCAGGCCUUCUCCACGGCUGACGAGCUGAAGAAUCACGCCGGGGCCCACCAGAGGGUGAUGACCUGCUCCGAGUGCGGCAAGGGCUUCCGCUCGGCCUUGAUGCUGAUGUCACACAUGGGGGGCCACGCAGGGUCGAGGCCCUGUCUGUGUAAGAACUGUGGCCUGGGCUUCCCUCACCAGCAGGGUUACGAGAGCCACCUCAAGGACUGUGGACGCAAACCCCCUCCUGUGAUGGCUCCAAAGAAACCACGGAAGGACCCCCCUGCUGCUCCUUCCAAACCCCUACCCCAGCUCGCUCCAAGGCAUCUCCCUGCUCCUGUGAAGAAACCAGAGAGUCAAGUGUCAGCACCACUUCCUACUCUGAUGAGAAUGCCAGGCACUGCCCCUGCCAGAGUCACUAUGGGAGUCCAUAACACCACUACUGUCCGUGUGGUGAGCCCUGACCAACCCACCAAGGGGCUGUGGAAGCUCAGCCUGGACAAACAGCCACCUCCUGGGGUGUCCUUGGUUAUGUUUGUCCCUGCCAACACCCCUCUGGCCUCUGGCCUCUCUGGCCCAUCCUCCACCCCCCAGCUUCCAGCCCUCUCAGGCACACAGCCCCAGUGGAAGGUAUUCAACCCAGCACCAAAUCCAGGAGCCCCUCCUCCGGUGCUGUGCCAGUCCAGCUUCACCUCUGAGCUGGGCCUGAGCCUCAUAGCAGAGGCAAACCGGCGCUACUCCUCUGAUGCCCCGCUGGAUCUGGCAUUAAAGACAGCUGACUACGAACAGGAGCCUGCUAAUUUACUACCUCUUGAUCUGUCUAACAAGUCGACUUUCUCCACUCCUCCUGCUAACCUUGUAGUCAAGACUGAACCGAGAGACCCUGGGUUUGCAGAGGAGACUGAGGAAGAAGUAUUCACAAGUUUAACAGGAGAUAAAAAGGGGAUAGUCUUUCAGAGUAAGAGGGAGCCAGGAGAGGAUUCUAAAAUGGAGGCUAUGGCUCAGAAGGGGGAAAAUGGAGAAGGGAGAGGAGAUGAAGACAGGCAAAAUGACAGCAGAGAUGAUGGAAAAACUCAGUCUCAAAUGAAGAAGUCACCAACGCCGGGAGUCCCGUCAACACUACAGCUCCUGACCGUCAAACAGAAGAACACUGCCAAAGUGGAUCCAGUGAAUCAGCUGAAAAUCGAGUCAGUCAGCUCUUUGCACUCCAAAAUGCUUCGGGGCUUAGUCCAGAUAAAGCAGGAACCACUGUCUCUCGAGCCUGACAGUGGAACACAGAGCUCAGACUUCUGUUGGUCCAGCCCGCUGACAGCAUUGAAAAGCAAGAUGGAGCCAGACGUGGGGCUGGACUUGAGAUGGGAUGGGGGCACCCCAGGCUGUGUGCUCGACUUGAGGUUGAAUGGAGGGAACCCAGCCAGUUGUGAUGUGGCGGAGAAAGCAGAGGAGAGUAACAUGGAAGGAGACGGUGUAGAGGAGGAGCUUGAUGGUGGCGAGGAGGAUGGAGCAACAGAGGAGAAGAAAGCAGAUAAGGUUGGAUCGGAGGAGAAGAAAGAGCAGAAGGAUGGAUCGGAGCAGAAGGAUGGAUCGGAGCAGAAGGAUGGAUCGGAGCAGAAGGAUGGAUCGGAGCAGAAGGAUGGAUCGGAGCAGAAGGAUGGAUCGGAGGAGAAGGAUGGAUCGGAGGAGAGGAAAGAGGAGGAUGGAAUGGAGGAGAGGAAAGAGAAGGAUGGAUCCGAGCAGAAGGAUGGAUCGGAGCAGAAGGAUGUAUCAGAGGAGGAGAAGGAUGGAACGGAGGAGAGGAAAGAGGAGGAUGGAACGGAGGAGAAGGAUGGAACGGAGGAGAGGAAAGGGAAGGAGGAUGGAACGGAGGAGAGGAAAGAGAAGGAUGGAACAGAGGAGAAGGAUGGAACGGAGGAGAGGAAAGGGAAGGAUGGAACAGAGGAGAAGGAUGGAACGGAGGAGAGGAAAGGCAAGGAGGAUGGAACGGAGGAGUCUGACACACCUGUUGAUGAACCUACAGCCCAUAACCCAGAGACACAGCUCCCCUCCUCUCCCAUCCCCUCUCCUCCCUCCUCACCACCAUGUAAAAGACGAAGGUCACUAAGGACAAGGGAAAAGCCUAGAGCCCUACACGACUGUUUAUUAUAAGGGCAGUACUUUACAGAGUAAAAAAUAAGAUUGCUGACAACAAUGUUAAUGAGGCUGCUUUUUAAUGGCCCGAGGAACAGAGAACAACCAAGCCUAAUGUAAAACAAUUCAUACUCGGCCUGUUAUUAAUUCAUAAUAGCAACACAUUUUGUGAAUUAGUGGUGAUUUUGAUAAACCAUGCCUCUACAUUAAUUUGCCCUCGGGAUUUGGUUGCUUUCCUGUAUUCCAAUGAUUUUUUUUUUGUUAGACAUUGCAAGUCUUCAAUUGCUAUGUUUAAUGUACCUGCUAGUGCUUACAGAGCUAGCCAACAAUCCUGGUUGUUAGCUGCUUACUGUGUGGCAAGCGAUUGAGAUUAGGGUAAAUAGUGGCUAUUGUUUUCUAUAUUACAGUAGUUGCGUAUGCUGGCAAUAGGAUCAUGCACUUCUUCCAGUGUUACCGCACACAUUUCCAAACACUCCAUAUCUAUUUGACUAUACCAAUAUAACUUAUUUGUUAUUUUUUUGUUAUAGGUUGUCUAGUUAGUCUUCAAUUGAAUGUCAUUGUAAUUUUGUAGUUUCUAUUCAAUAUAAGCUGCUGUAUGGGACUUCAGUCGCCAAGGUUUCUUAUUCAGGUACUGAUGGAGAAUGUUUGGGAGCCAGGAUUUAAUGUACUGUCAACUUUCUGAGAAAUGUUUCUGAACAGCUCGGUUUUUGUUUGAUUUGAGUUCCAUAAUGGGUAAAAUAUGCAAGAAAUAUGUGCUGUCCAAUUGUAAUGUUAAAUUGACUUGUAUAUCUUUUUCUAUCACGUUGAAUGUCUUACCCCAACUUCAACUGAAUGGUUACAGUGUUUUGUAGAGUUUUAAAACAUUCUGUUCAGAAAUUGGGAUCUUAAAGGAUACAAAUAAAGAUCAACGUGUCGGAA